UACAUUAUUUUAGAACAAUGUCGAAAUUUUUGGGACGUUUUCGUGGAGCAAAUGUUAGGGAUAUUGGAAACCAGGCAGUAUUAAUUGAUUAUGUACAAAUUGUUAAGUGUUUUUCGGUAAUGAUGAAAAAUAACACCGUUCUUCAAAAUUUGUAUCAGUCCUUACGGAAAAACAUGAUGUACCACAAAGAAAAACUGCAGUAUUCAGAGGAUUUGAUAGAAAUGAUAGCAGAGAAAUUCGAGGGGGUGGAUGAAAUGUUGGAGAGGAUUGGUCAUUCUCUUCGCAAGGAGGAAGAGGUGUUGCGACAGAGAAAAGAAAUGCUGAGGAAGUUGAGAGAAGAGAUUGCUGAUUCAAAAUUCCGUUUGCUAACUAUGAGAAAACCAGAACUGGAAAAGUACAAGAAAUUGGCUGAAAAACAGACAGUUCCUAGCAUAGCGGGCUUUGUCCGCGAGGAGAGAGAGGAAUUGGAGCGAAGGUUGAUUUCCGCCAGGGUUGCUGUCAAUGAAUACAUGGAGCGAAACUUGGACGACCAGGAGGCGUGUACAAUUCUACAGCUGUACAGAGAACAAUUGAGGGAAGACCAUAAUGAUAACAUGCUGACGAUUCUGAACGAAUUUGGAGAUCUCAAAAAGAAGCGCAGCUUUCUCCUCCGAAAUCCUGUGUUCAAUGAUAACGAAGGGAAGAAAGAUUUGAUGCACCUGUUCCGAGUACCUCGCGAAGAGAUGGAGGCGACCACAGAGGAAUACGCCUUGCUGAGACAACGGAAUGAAGCCUUAGUUGAGCGAAUCCGUGAACAGAGGGUUACCAGGUCCGCUCUGACGGAAGUGAACCGGGGGAUUUUGAACACAUUGUUACAGGAGGAGGACGAUGUGUGUACAGCCAUAAACAUCAGGGCUCCACCUAACACCCAGUCUACACUCGCUGUAGGACUCAACGCCAUUUCUGUGUAAAUAAUAAAAUAAAACAUUCACCAAUUCAA